CCACUGUCCUAUGUGACAGCUGAAAUCUUUUGCAGUUUUCUUCAGCUUGCUGCUCCGUAAAAGUGUUGGUUUUCAUCCUGCAUUUCAGAGUCGAUCGUAAAUUUUGUACAGAACCUAAACAAAUAGAGAUGGCCAACGUCAAUUUGGCUACCGUGGUGCUACGCAAUGCUCUGCGCACCAAAAUUGGUGUCCGCCAUAACCACGAGAUGAUUCUCCAGAAGAUUGGCAAGCGAGAGGUCGUUGGUCAUGGCUGGAACGGAAUGCCGGUGUAUGCUGACCGUGUUGACUACCCGAUGCCAGCAAUCCGGUUCAAAGAAGCAACACCCGAUGUUUUGGCCCUUCGCGAGAAGGAGAAGGGUGAUUGGAAGAAGCUGUCUAUGCAGGAGAAGAAAGCCCUCUACCGGGCAUCGUUCUGUCAAACUUUCUCCGAGAUGAAGUAUCCGACCGGAGAGUGGAAAAUCUGUCUCGGGUUUGGACUGAUUGCCAUGUCCAUGAGUCUUGGCUUGAUGCUGAUGAUGAAGGCAUUUGUGUACGAUCCGUUGCCGGUUACUUUCGACGAAGAGCACCAAAAGGCUCAACUCAAGCGUAUGUUGGACCUCGGCGUUAACCCCAUCACCGGUCUUUCAUCCAAAUGGGACUACGAGAACAACAAGUGGAAGUAAACUAUUUGUUGGCGACGGAAUGUUAGUUGAUAAUUGUGUAUUAUAAUUGUCCAAAACGGCUGGGAGGCUGUCUUACGAGACAUGAAAUCUAUUCGAGGGAAGCUAAAGCAUUAAACUUAAUUCGGAUAACUAGA